AUGGUGUGCUGGCUGCCAAGCGACAGCGAUUGGGAUCACCACUACAAUGUCACUGGCGACGAGACCUGGAAGGCCGAAAACAUGCACAAGAUCUUUGCCAAGAUCGAAAAGAACAACUAUGCCGAGGCCGGCAGCCCCGGCCACGGCUUCGACGGCUACUUCCAGACCAACAUGGGCGCCAUGGCGCAGGCCCGUGGCGGUGCUCUGCAAGGCAACAAGGUGAUGGAGGCCUACGCCAAAGAGUUUGGCGUCGACGACUGGGACAUGACGGACCUCCUGACCCGGGACCCCAACGAGAUGGUAGCCGACCGGGACCAAAUCUCCAGCAUCUUCGGCCUGGUGAACCACCAGUACGCCAACGGUCAGCGAUAUAGCUCGCGCGACUACGUCAAGGCCGCGGUGGACGCGGGCGACCCGAUCACGGUAUCGCUCACCUCGCUGGCCACCAAGGUCCUCUUCGACACCAGCGGCGACUGCGGCGACAAGCCGCGCGCCGUGGGCGUCGAGUACCUCGAGGGCAAGUCCCUGUACGCGGGCGACUCGCGCCGCGUCGCCGGGGACGCCGGGACUAAGAAGACGGUCAAGGCGAAGAGGGAGGUCAUCGUGUCGGGCGGCGCCUUCAACUCCCCGCAGCUCCUCCUGCUGAGCGGCAUCGGCGCCAAGGAGCACCUGGAGGAGUUCGACAUCCCCGUCGUCGUCGACCUGCCCGGCGUGGGCCAGCACCUCAUGGACAACCAGGAGAUGCCUAUUAUCGGCACGGGGUCCGCCGGCUCGGGCACCACGGGUGUGGCCAUGUUCAAGACCAACUUCCCCGCCUACGACGAGCGCGACAUGUUCCUCAUGGGCGGUCCGGGAGCCCCGCUCCCCUACGGCGUCAGCAUGGUCAAGGGUUCCUCGGUCAACAACAAGGGCUGGGUCAAGCUCCGAUCCGCGGACCCCCAGGACACCCCCGAGAUCAACUUCAACCACUAUGCCGAGGGCUCGGACGCCGACAUCCAGGCCAUGGCGGACACCCCCGACGAGAACGGCAGCUGCGGCCAGGACGACAUCGACUGGAUCCACAAGCAAACGUUCGGCCACCACCCCACCAGCUCCAACAAGAUUGGCGCCGACGACGACCCGAUGGCCGUGCUCGACUCCAAGUUCCGCGUGCGGGGCGUCGCCGGCCUCCGCGUCGUGGAUGCCAGCGCCUUUGCCCGCAUCCCCGGCAUUUUCCCCUCCGCGCCCACCUUCAUGAUUAGCCAAAAGGCCUCGGACGAGAUGAUUGCCGAGAUCGAGGCCGGUGAGGCUAUUGAGGUGUGCGAGGCGGCGCUUCCGGAAUAA